CACGCAUCUCGCUCCGCAGAACCCGCUAGCUCUCUUGGGAGACCCAGGGAGAGGACUCGGUGUCUGGCCUGUCAGGAGGACCAUUGGUGCUGCCGUGGAAGCCAGCGGCUAGAUCUCGUGUAUGGCGUGGUUAAGGUUGCAGCCUGUCACCUCUGCCUUCCUCCAUUUUGGGCUGAUUACUUUUGUGCUCUUCCUCAAUGGACUUCGGGCAGAGGCUGGUGGCUCAGGGAAUGUGCCCAACACAGGGCAGAACAAUGAAUCCUGUUCAGGGUCAUCGGACUGCAAAGAGGGUGUCAUCCUACCAAUCUGGUACCCAGAGAACCCUUCCCUUGGGGACAAGAUUGCCAGGGUCAUUGUCUAUUUUGUGGCCCUAAUAUAUAUGUUCCUUGGGGUAUCCAUCAUUGCUGACCGCUUCAUGGCAUCUAUUGAAGUCAUCACUUCUCAAGAGAGAGAGGUGACCAUCAAAAAGCCCAACGGAGAGACCAGCACAACCACAGUUCGGAUCUGGAAUGAAACUGUCUCCAAUCUGACCCUUAUGGCCUUGGGGUCCUCUGCUCCUGAGAUCCUCCUCUCUUUAAUCGAGGUUUGUGGUCAUGGGUUCAUUGCUGGUGAUCUGGGACCUUCUACCAUCGUUGGCAGCGCUGCUUUCAACAUGUUUAUUAUCAUUGGCAUCUGUGUCUAUGUGAUCCCCGAUGGAGAGACUCGCAAGAUCAAGCACCUUCGGGUCUUCUUUGUCACAGCUGCUUGGAGCAUCUUUGCCUAUAUCUGGCUCUAUAUGAUCCUGGCAGUCUUUUCUCCUGGUGUAGUCCAGGUUUGGGAAGGCCUUCUCACUCUCUUCUUCUUUCCUGUGUGCGUCCUUCUCGCCUGGAUGGCAGAUAGACGACUGCUCUUCUACAAAUACAUGCACAAAAAGUACCGCACAGUGAAACACCGAGGAAUUAUCAUAGAGACAGAGGGUGAGGCCCCCAAGGGCAUUGAGAUGGAUGGGAAAAUGAUGAAUUCUCACUUCCUCGAUGGGAGCCUGGUGCCCCUGGAAGGAAAAGAAGUAGAUGAGUCCCGCAGGGAGAUGAUCCGAAUUCUCAAGGAUCUUAAGCAAAAACACCCAGAGAAGGACUUGGAUCAGCUGAUAGAGAUGGCCAAUUACUAUGCUCUUUCACAUCAACAGAAGAGCCGCGCUUUCUACCGGAUCCAGGCCACCCGUAUGAUGACUGGUGCUGGCAACAUCCUGAAGAAGCAUGCAGCAGAACAAGCCAAGAAAACUUCCAGCAUGACUGAGGUGCUCUCAGAUGAGCCUGAAGACUUUGUCUCCAAGGUGUUCUUUGACCCCUGUUCUUACCAGUGUCUGGAGAAUUGUGGGGCUGUGCUUCUCACAGUGGUGAGGAAAGGGGGGGACACAUCCAAAACAAUAUAUGUGGACUACAAAACCGAAGACGGUUCUGCCAAUGCAGGGGCUGACUACGAAUUCACAGAGGGCACAGUGGUUCUGAAGCCAGGAGAGACCCAGAAAGAGAUCUCCGUGGGCAUCAUCGAUGAUGACAUUUUUGAGGAGGAUGAGCAUUUCUUUGUGAGGUUGAGCAAUGUUCGCACAGAGGAGGAGCAACCGCCAGAGGAGGGGAUGCCUCCUGCCAUACUUAAUAGUCUUUCCCUGCCUCAGGCUGUCCUGACAUCCCCUUGUGUGGCCACAGUCACUAUCUUGGAUGAUGACCAUGCAGGCAUCUUCACUUUUGAAUGUGACACUAUUCGUGUCAGUGAGAGUAUUGGUGUCAUGGAGGUCAAGAUUCUGCGGACAUCGGGUGCCCGGGGCACAGUCAUCGUUCCCUUUAGGACAGUGGAAGGGACAGCUAAGGGUGGUGAGGAUUUUGAAGAUACAUAUGGGGAGCUGGAGUUCAAGAAUGAUGAAACUGUGAAAACCAUAAGGGUUAAAAUAGUAGAUGAGGAGGAAUACGAAAGGCAAGAGAAUUUCUUCAUUGCCCUUGGUGAACCGAAGUGGAUGGAACGUGGAAUAUCAGCGCUCCUGUUGUCUCCAGAAGUGACAGACAGGAAGCUGACUGUGGAGGAAGAGGAGGCCAAGAGGAUAGCAGAAAUGGGAAAGCCAAUAUUGGGUGAAUACCCCAAACUGGAGGUCAUCAUUGAAGAGUCCUAUGAGUUCAAGAGUACGGUGGAUAAACUCAUCAAGAAGACAAACCUGGCCUUGGUAGUGGGGACCCAUUCUUGGAGGGACCAGUUCAUGGAGGCCAUCACUGUCAGUUCAGCAGGAGAUGAAGAAGAGGAUGAGUCCGGUGAGGAGAGGCUUCCAUCCUGCUUUGACUAUGUUAUGCACUUCCUAACCGUCUUCUGGAAGGUUCUGUUUGCCUGCGUGCCACCCACAGAGUACUGCCAUGGCUGGGCCUGCUUCGUUGUCUCCAUCCUCAUCAUUGGUAUGCUCACGGCCAUCAUCGGGGACCUGGCCUCCCACUUCGGAUGUACCAUUGGCCUCAAGGACUCUGUCACAGCUGUUGUUUUUGUGGCAUUUGGCACCUCUGUGCCAGAUACGUUUGCUAGCAAAGCUGCCGCCAUCCAGGACGUGUACGCGGACGCCUCCAUCGGGAAUGUCACGGGCAGCAACGCGGUCAAUGUCUUCCUGGGCAUCGGCCUGGCCUGGUCCGUGGCCGCCAUCUACUGGGCCAUGCAGGGACAGGAGUUCCACGUAUCUGCAGGCACGCUGGCCUUCUCUGUCACCCUUUUCACCAUCUUUGCAUUCGUCUGCAUCAGCGUGCUCCUGUACCGCCGGCGGCCCCACCUGGGUGGGGAGCUGGGUGGCCCUCGUGGCUGCAAGCUUGCCACCACGUGGCUUUUUGUGGGCCUGUGGCUCCUCUAUAUACUGUUUGCCACGUUGGAGGCCUACUGCUACAUCAAGGGGUUCUGAGGAAGAGACUGAGGCCUCCCUCUCCCAGGGCCGGCCUGGGACUUCUUAAGAGAAGGGCGCCCUUCCUCCUUGCAGCCCUAGGAAUGUCACCGACCUUGCCCUGACAAGUGAACUGAAGGUCAGGCAGAGUCUUUCUUCAUCAGGCCAAACAGAAUGGAGGAAACACCCACUACACAGAGUAUUUAAUGCAACACCAACCAACAACAAACAAACCAACAAAUCCACCUCCACCCCAUUUUUUGCCCCCUCCUGUGUCCCUGACCCAGACAGACAGAGCAGAGGUCGGACCCUCAUCACCUUCCAUUCUGUCUUCUGCUGACUCCUUGGCAUCUGCCUUGCCUGGGCGACCCCUCCCGGCCACCCCCUUCUCCGUGUGUCCCAAUCACCCCCAUUCUCUCAUUCAGCAGGCAAGGCGGGAAAAUGAGCCGUGUGCUUGGGUGGGACUGGCGAGGGCUCUUUUCAUCAUGGCUCUGCUUGUUUAGUUUCUUGUUAUUGCUGUUCGUUCUGUCUUUUCUUUCCGAAGUUAGUGAUCAAGGUGCUGUGAAGGGACUCGGGGUCUGAGCUGACAGACAUUAUUAGCACGGAUUUUAUUUUCAGAAGUCCCCACCGUACCCCCACUCUGCACCACUCUCACCGGCUAACUGCUAACUCUGGGCUCCAUUAAGGUCCUGUCCUCAAUCUCCUUUUAUUUCCCCCACCCCAAUCUGCAUUUUUUAUAAGGUUGACGGUGUAGGAAAGGGAGCCAAAUCUGAAGACACCCCAAAUCCCAUCCUACACAGGGCAUGCAGGAAUGGGACUGAGGCCCUUCUGGUGGACCCGUUAUGUGCUUAUGUUAAAGUUCAAGUGAAAAACAAGUUAUUAUUGUCUUCCCUGCUCCAGCCUUAUUGUGUCAGAGUCUAAGAUGACCCUUCUGUUAAAAAA